GAGGAUGUAUUAAGCUUGGUGAGUGGGUGAGUGAGGCAGCUAGAGUCGUCUGCUGGUGGUGUUCUCUGGACGCUGCCAGCCACGCUGACACACUGUCUACUGACUCAUCUAACAUUUCCGAGCUCUUGCCUCUCUAUUAAGUCAACUAUAACAACCAAACAUGUAUCGCGCAGCUUCCCUAUUAAGAGUGCCGGUUACUCGGAAUGCUUCCCUUUUCUUUCAAGGAAGAUGGUAUUCCAAAGAUGUCAGGUUUGGGUCUGAAGUUCGAGCCCUUAUGUUACAGGGUGUAGAUGUUCUGACAGAUGCUGUGGCUGUUACUAUGGGCCCUAAGGGUCGCAACGUUAUUAUUGAGCAGAGUUGGGGCAGCCCCAAAAUUACUAAAGAUGGAGUGACUGUUGCAAAGGCUAUUGAAUUAAAGGACAAGUUCCAAAAUAUUGGAGCAAAACUUGUUCAAGAUGUAGCAAACAAUACGAAUGAAGAAGCUGGAGAUGGUACAACAACUGCUACAGUCUUGGCUCAUACUAUUGCUAAGGAAGGUUUUGAUAGGAUUAGCAAAGGUGCAAAUCCAAUAGAAAUUAGGCGUGGUGUAAUGGUGGCAGUUGACUGCAUUGUUGAUAAUCUACGGAGCCUUUCCCGCCAAGUGACCACUCCAGAAGAGAUUGCACAAGUUGCUACAAUUUCUGCUAAUGGGGAUCAGGAAGUUGGUGAACUGAUAUCAUCUGCUAUGGAAAAGGUUGGACGCAAUGGUGUAAUUACAGUGAAGGAUGGCAAGACUCUGAAGGAUGAGCUUGAGGUUAUUGAGGGCAUGAAAUUUGAUCGUGGUUACAUUUCACAUCUCCUAUUUAUCAACACCACAAGGGAGCCUAAGGCAAAAUUUCAGGAUGCAUUAAUAUUUCCCUCAGAGAAGAAAAUUUCAUCAAUCCAAUCAAUAAUCCCAGUACUGGAACUUGCCAAUGCACAGAGGAAACCUUUGGUGAUCAUCGCUGAAGAUGUUGAUGGAGAGGCUUUGAGCACUCUUGUUGUUAAUCGCCUGAAGAUUGGCCUGCAGAUAGCUGCUGUCAAGGCUCCUGGCUUUGGAGACAACAGGAAAAAUACACUACAAGAUAUUGCUAUAGCUACUGGGGGUAUAGUUUUUAAUGACGAGGCCAGUAUGGUGAAGAUUGAAGAUGUUCAAUUGCAUGAUCUGGGCAUGGUUGGAGAAGUACAGAUCACGAAGGACGAUACAUUACUUUUGAAGGGAAAAGGCAAAACUUCUGAUAUUGAAAGACGUGUUACACAAAUAAGAGAACAGAUAGAAGAGAGCAGCUCUGAAUAUGAAAAGGAGAAAAUGCAAGAAAGAAUGGCCAGACUUUCUAAAGGUGUUGCCGUAAUUAAGGUUGGAGGAUCAUCGGAGGUGGAAGUCAAUGAGAAGAAAGACCGUGUCAAUGAUGCCCUCUGUGCAACUAGAGCUGCUAUUGAAGAGGGUAUUGUUCCUGGAGGUGGUGUUGCUCUGAUACGUUGCAUACCAGCAUUGGACAAACUUGCCCCUGCCAAUAAGGACCAGGAAAUGGGCAUAGAGAUCAUUCGUAAAGCUAUACAGACACCUUGCCUUACCAUUGCCAAGAAUGCUGGUGUAGAUGCAGCGGUAAUUGUCAACAAAGUAAUGGAAGCUUCUGGCGAUACUGGUUAUGAUGCAGCAGCUGGGACUUUUGUUAAUCUCAUCGAAGCAGGGAUCAUUGAUCCUACCAAGGUUGUGCGAUCAGCACUGACGGAUGCUGCUGGUGUGGCUUCACUUCUCACCACAGCAGAAGUGGUUAUAACAGAAAUCCCUAAAGAGGAGCCAGCUGGUGGAAUGGGAGGAAUGGGUGGUAGGGGCGGCAGGGGUGGUAUGGGGGGGAAU